AUGUACAAAAAUCAAAAUCCGGCCUCUAAGCUAUCCAGCACUGCCUUGAACUAUUUAUCGUCGCUAAAAGCCAAUUCCGCGGCGCUCCGAAGUGAUGAACAACCGACGGAGGCAAAGCUGCAUCAACCACCAGUCCGUCGAAGAUCAAUCGUGGCCCUCUCAUCGGUGGAUAGUCUCGAUGAAAAUGUUCUUCUGGACGUCUCUGAUCUGAGCCGAUCAUCGCUUGAAACCGUCAAGGCGGAACCAACAACGACUAGCAAGGGCUCCGAAACGCUGCCCCAAGCCUCGAUGACCCCGGCUUUGGGGACGAUGAAAGCUUUGCGAAAGCUCAGAAACUCAAUCGACGCUACCCUGUUUCAACCAAAAGACAAGGACAUACCUUGGAGUCGAAGCCGGCCACGCUUGGGCUCGAUUUCCCGCGCCGGCACGAAAGACGAAGAAACACGCAGAAGCCAACCGGAUAAGCCCGCGGCAACACUGAAAAUGGCGACUCGCAGCCCGUUCCAUGGCUUCAUCGCUAGCGGCUCCUCCUCCGCAGAAUCAAUAGAUUUUGACGAUGCCGUCAAUGAAGCCAUUAUUCGGUCUGCCACACCAAAGCCCAAAAGCCGCUCCUCUAAAAGUUCCAAAACUUCGGCGACUUCUUCAACGUCUCCAUCCUCAGCCAGUAGUUCUAGCUCGGCGUCAAGCUCAAGUUCCACAACUUCCUCCUCCAAGAGCACGACAAGAAGAUCAUCGACACCGUCUUCAACAUCAUCUUCUUCUGCUUCCGCAUCAUCCUCUGCAAAAUCUUCCUCCACCAGCCCCCAAAAGGUCGUCCUCAAUUCGCUCAGUCUCAUCAACCAUAAGACGGUCGAGCCUCAGGAACAAAUUCGAAUUCGCCGACUUCGAGAAACAGUUUCAAGAGCCCGACACCGCAAACAAAUUAGAAGAAAUCGAAAUAAAGAGCCAGGAUGGGCCUGCGCCAUUGUCCCCACUUUCUUCUAUGCGAUCAGAUUCGUCCGUAUUCAUGGAAGCACCGCGCCGAGCAGGCGGAGCCGCUCAAAUGACAAGCCACAUCCGGAAGAAAAGCCGGAAAAGGAGCUGGCUGCUUUUUCCGGCUACGAUACUAGUCGCGAUUCGAGGCCAAGGCGAGAAAACCGUCGACGAUCUCAACCUCCCGCACAAAAACACUGCCAAUGUUGCCGACAUCGGGAUGACUACGAAAUUAGCAAUGAACAUGCUACGUCAGUUGUCUCGGAUGUCGUACGCCUACACAUCUCACUGAUCCGGCAGCUGGCCCGAGAUGAAUGGAAUGCAGUGCAGCGAUGGCAGCAUACCAUACAAGAGGUAGCCCGGCAUCGUGACUCUGUGACGUCCAAACGUCUCCACGAAAUCAUCGAAGAGCGAACCAGAAACUUCCGUGCCCAAACUGUGUUUUCACAAAUU